AUGGCUUCCACCAAAGCCCAGUUGAAGCUUGCCAGAGAUCUGAUCGGCAAAAAGGACUACAGGGGUGCCCAUGAUGCUGCAAAGCAAGUCCUGAACUACGAUCCUUCGAAUUACAACGGUCUGGUGUUCCUGGGUCUAGCCAGCCUUGAACUGGGCGAUCUCAAGGCCAGUGAAGACGCGUAUCAAGCUGCCAUUCGCCAGAAUGAAGUCCAGCCUCUUGCCUGGCAAGGCAUCGCCAAGUUAUACGAACGCCGGCAGCAAUGGGACGAAUUUGUACAAACGCAGCGCAAGCUUGCCAACCUCUUUUCGACGGCAGGCGAUGCCGUCAAGUGCGCCGAGGCCGUGAGCAGGCUCAUCGAUGCCCGCAGGCAGCAUGCCUCUCGUCGCGAUCUUGUCGAGGCAUUGUCGCUCCUGCUCGAAGGGUCCCCUUAUUACGCGGUGCUCUCCGGCCUACCGGAACCAGAUGCAUCAUCACCGACCGCCAGCACGGUAUUCGACAUUCAAGUCGCCAUUCAUAAUAAUUUGCCGGUACUGGAAGAAAUUAUCUUGCUCACCGAGCAGUCGGAAGAGGAGACGAUUGCCCAAGAGAUCCAGAAGCGAAGAACACGCCUAGACGCCCCCCCUCUUGCAAUCCUGAGAGAAUUGGUAAAGCGCGAAAUAUGGUCGUCGUCAAAGCUCGAACGUCUCUACGAGGACGUCCUGAAUCACCCGCGGACGAGCGACACAUUGCGAAGGACAACAGAGGCAUCCCUCCUCAACCGCAAGCGGGAGCGACUUUGGUCCUUGGAGUUAAAUGAUCCAACAAAGCAGCAACUGUACAAAGAGGUCGCCGAUAUGGUCGCUGGCAUGGUGCUCAUCAAGAUCCCAAACGAGCUCGCCUGGUCACUGUAUUUCGACAUGACAGACGUAGCGGACCUGCAUCAGUACAAACUUGAAGAUAUUCGUGCUCUGCUGUCCAUUCUCCCCCAGUCGCCGCUUGCCCAGCUAUGGAAGGCGUGGAUGCGGUCCGAAAACAUACCAGAGUCGGAAGACGAAGAAGAUGCACCAGAGCAGGACAACACAGAUCCCUUAGACGUUGUAAUCGAUCUGUGGCAGAAGCUACCAAACUCGAUACUACUCCAGCGCGUCACCGCCCAGUUUCAUUGGCGCUCAAAAGACUACCAAAACGCUAUCAGUACGAGCGAGACUGCCCUUCGUACAUUAGGUGAACUAGAGAAGGGUCUAGGAGUUUCACUCAAAUACACGGCAAGGGCAAUCAAUGUCAUACUCGCUUGUUCACUCGUUCAUUACUAUCCACCCAAGUAUCACACAAAAGCGCUUCGGCUCCUGGACGGCCUUCUGGACGACGAUCCUCCCAGCCAGAUUUGGAUAAUUCCAGUUCGGCCUGGAUUGAAGCCGCAGAAGAAAGUGCCUGGUGUCAAAUACAGGCAGGUGACAAAGAAAAGGAGGAAGUCACUGGAGGAAGUCAUCGACAUUCUAGACUCGGCAAAUGACAAUGAAACGGCGCAAGCUCGAGCCUGGUGGAGACUUGGGAGAACAGUAUGGGAUGCCAACUCCCCGUCAUCACUUCAAGAGGCCUACAAGCUUUGGAUUACAGCUCUCAAACGCUCAUCUACAUUUGCCCCGGCAUACACAUCCCUCGGCAUCUACUAUGCUGACUUUGCUGAUCCAAAGGACGCGAUGCGAGCUUCCAAAUGCUUUCAAAAAGCCUUUGAACUGGACGCACGGGAAGCAGAGGCUGCAAGGCGGCUUGCAGAAGGAUUCGUUGAGGAGCAGGAAUGGGAACUGGCAGAGAUUGUGGCCCGCCGUACCAUCGAAGGCGAGGGCGCGUUCGAGGGUGAUCAGAGUACAAAUGUUCAAUCUCGUCACCUCACAACAAAUACUUGGGCCUGGAAAGUUGCAGGACUCGUUGCGUUGAAUAAGCAAGACUACCCAGAAGCGAUCAAAGCAUUCCAAGUGUCACUGCGCGCUAUUUCAGAAGAUUCGGUCACCUGGCUUCGUUUAGGAGAAGCAUACGCAGCGGCUGGUCGACAUACUGCUGGGCUGCGAGCCUUGAACCGAGCAAGGCAACAAGCUCCCGACGACUUUGUUUGCCAAUUCCAGAUCGCUGAAGUCACUCGUGAACUUGGAGACUACCAGGCAUCCAUCGAAAUGCUCGGCGAGAUCAUCAAAUCUCGACCAAACGACCUAGUCGCCCAUGCGGCCCGUUGCACAACGCGGUUGGCGUUGGCGCGUUCAGAACAAGAAAAGGGCUUUCUCGAGCGUGCGUACCGGUCAUGCGUCGAGACGCUGGAGGAGGCAUUGGUCGCACUCGAACUUGAAGGGCCUUCGAUGCGAGUCUUGUGGAAGGUCAUCUCAGACGUCACGUUCGAGCUUGCGCGAAGACCUAUCGACAAUGUCGACUUCGCCAAGGAAGCCAUCAAUAUACUAACGAAAUUGCUUGUUCAAAUAUCUGAGCAUACUCAAGAUCUCGACAGUCGACUUGUGCCGAUAAUCCAACUCGAAGAUCACAUCCGAGAUCUCCAAGAUAGUUUGGAGGAUGUUCAAGUGGACUUGAUUGCUGCGAAGGCAGCAAUCGCGUCGUCGAGCUAUUGUAUCCACCUCGCUGGGAACGACGACGCAGUCUUGAGCUCCGCGUACUACGAUCUGUCUGCUCACCUAUACGAAUUUUGGGCAAAGUAUGGCAAGCAACUCGACUCUGACAGUGUUCACACUUCUGCAACACUGGCAGAGGAAUACAUCAAACGGGCCAUCCGACUGCGUUCCAAUGAGCCACUAUAUUGGACAACUCUGGGUAUACUUUCUGUAGAAAGGAAUCCCAAACUGUCGCAGCACGCAUUCAUUACUGCGAUUCAAUGUGAACCCAAGGAUCCUGCCCUUUGGUGUAACCUUGGGAUGCUCUACAUAAGGAGCCUGGACUCUCAACUAGCACAGGAGGCGUUCCACCGUGCGCAGGUGCUAGAUCCCGACUAUGCGAUGGCGUGGGUUGGACAGGCAAUUGUCGCUGGUAGGAAUAAGAACCUAUCUCAUUGUGUUGCCCUUCUAGAGCAUGCAGUGUCUCUAUCCGCAGAUAUGCCAAUCCCGAAUCUCGAGUUCGCAUACAGAACGUUUAAUUCCCUCGAAUCGACUUCAAGUGGAGAGAUUUCACAAUCGGGCACCGUUGUAUCCGCCUUUUUCUCGCUCGAGAGAUGCCUCCAGCGUCGCCCAAACGAUGUCUCUGCCCUCCAUCUCGCCGCCCUCAUAUCUGAACGGUUAAAUCUUAUGUCGCGAGCGGCCCAGUUUGCGAGGAGAUGUGCCACACUUUUGGAAGCUGCGUAUGAACGGUCAGAAGAUCCUGAGACAGCUCGCCAAUACGCAAUCACCCAGUCGACGUUGGGUCGGAUCCUUCUUGCAGAGAAUGAUUAUACGGCAUCUGCGAGUUGCUUUGAGACCGUUCUGAGCCUCGUGGAUGCCGUCAUCGAGGAAGGGUCAGAAGAGGAGGCCAGCCGUCGGCUCCGGGCAAACGCACACCUUGGAUUGGGACUGGCGAACCUGUUAUCCGGAGAGGUCGAAACGGCAAUAUCCAAUUUUGAAACCGGUCUAGAGGAAGCUCCUGUUGAGAUGAAGGCAGUUCGGACGCAGUUGACCAUACUAUUGGCUCAGACCAUGUGGAUGGUUGGAUCAGAGGAGGCUCGGGAUAUGGCGAAGAGUCUAUUGCUCGACUGUGUCUCGGCUGACUCUAAAAACUUGCAAGCAAUGGUAGUAUUGGGUGCGAUAGCGACUCUUCUCAACGAUGAUACACUACUGGAAGCCGCACUCUCAGAGAUCAUAUCCAUGCAGCCCAAAGAGAGAAGAGAGCUUGAUCGACUCGGGACUGUCGAUACACUGCUCGUGAGGCACCACCUCUUGCAGGGGUCACUCGGAGAUGCAGUCGAGAUUGCGCGCAAGGCCGUCGAGCUAGACCCCGAGAAUGAAGCAUCGCGGCUGCAACUUUGUGAGACACUGCUUCGCCAAUCGAAUUACCCCGCGGCUCUCCAAUCGCUCAGGGCCGAUAGCGAGAGAUAG